UCAGACUUCUACUGGAGGUGAAGUUUGUGACCAGUGCAGACAAACAGGGAUUUAGUGGUUUACAGUCAGACUGCUUGUAUCUUCAGAUCGUGUGAAACCACUACACACGUUGUAUUCACGGGUCUCCAGCAGCUCCAGUGGCCGGUGGGAUAAAGUUACAGUGAAGCUCGUUCUCCCAGGUCUCCUUCCAUCGUCCAUUAGUCCCCGUGGCCGAUCUAAUUCUGUCAGAGCUGGAGGAGGGGAGGGGGGCUGCUCGAGCCACAACCCCAGCCCCAACCAGGCAAAGGGCAAAGACAGAGACCACCUCAACCGGGUCCCUGUCCCACUCCCCGGCCUCGACCACUGGGACAGACGUCAGCGAUCUGGACCAGCUCACAAUCAUCUGGACCCUUGGAGACCUUCUUUGAAAAGUGCAGAGUUGAUUGCCGCGAAUGGAAACAGAGGUGUAGAGUUCCCGGUGGAGCCUGAGGGGUUCGAGCACCAGCCCUUUGACGCUGCUGGAUUGGAGUUAAGGACUUGGAUUAAAUCGCACACAGGAGUCCAGGAUCUGCAGCAGGAGUUUGUUUUCAUGGCAACUUGAUCUGCACAGAGGAUUUACUGCUGGAACAGAAGUUUUAUUUUGAAAAACUGCAGUAUGACUGAAGCAGUUGAAGCGCGGUCGUCCACCACCACCAUGGUCAUCGACAGUAAGAGCAGUGACGCCGGCUCACAGUCUCGACGGACGCCAAAGAAAACGUUCACAGAAGACGUGUCCUCCACCUUCAGCUCCCCGCUGGCCUGGAUCCUGGUCCUGGCCCUCGUCAUCACCUGGUCCUGUGUCUUCGUCAUCAUGUUCGAUCUGAUGGACUACAAGACUCUGUCAGGAGGCCUCACCAAGAUCAGCUCCGACCCCAUGAAGGUGGUGAACGAUGCGGUGGAGGAAUCGACAAACCUGAUCAGCUUGAUGUUCAAAUUCGCCGCCAACCUGAUCGCCCCAGAGGAAGAUGAAGGGAAUCUGUACGCCGUGAGAAAAAAAGGAGAAUUUUUGCCGUCUCGGAGUAAAGUUGUAGGGAUGCAAGCAAAGACGACACCACCAGUGGUGGACGCUGUGGAGGAAGAGGAGGAGGGAGAUGAAGAGGAGGCCUCCGAGGAGGAGGAGGAGGAUGAAGGAGAUGCAGAAGAGGGGGAACAACUAGAGGAGUAUGAAGAGGAGUAUGAAGAGGAGUAUGAAGAGUAUGAUGAGUACGAUGAAGAUGAGGAAUAUGAGGACGAGGAAGAGUAUGAUGAGGAGGAGGAAGAAUAUGAGGAGGAGGAAUAUGAGGAUGAGGAAGAGUAUGAGGAGGAGGAGGAAGAAUAUGAGGAGGAGGAAGCCGAAGGAGAAGUGGAGGCAGAACUGGAGGUAGAGGGGGCAGGGGUAGUUGAAGACGAUGACGAAGAGGGAGCAGAAGUUGUGGGGGAGGUAGAGGAAGAGGAGGAGGAGGAAGAAGAAGAUGAAGAGGAGGGAGCAGAAGCCGUGGAGGAGAUGGAGGAAGAGGAAGAGGAGGAAGAAGGAGAAGAAGAAGAGGGAACAGCAGUGGUGGAGGAGGAAGAGGAUGAAGAAGACGAAGAGCAGGGAGCAGAAGCGGUGGCGGGAGAUGAGAUAGAGGAAGAGGAGGGACAAGAAGUGGAGGACAAGGUAGGGGAGGAGGAAGAGGAGAAGGAGGAGGAAGAAGGACCUGCAGAGGAAGAACAAGAGGAGGAGAAGAAAGAUGAAGAAGAGGAUGUGGCAGAGGAAGAGGAGAAGGGGGUAGCUGCUGAGGUGGAGCAAGAUGAUGAAGAUGAUGAUGAGGAUGAGAAGGAACCUGAAGCAGCUGUGGCAGACAUUGAUGAAGGUGAAAUCAAAGAAGAGGCUGCAGAAGAAGAGGAAGCCAAAGAAAAUGAAGAUGAUGAGGUAGAGGAAGAGAAGAUAGAUGCUUCUGAUGAAGAUGAUGAAGGAGAGUCUGCAGCUGCUGAUGCUGAAGAUGACGAUGAUGAAGUUUCUCCUGAACCUAGUUCCACCUCGGAGGAUGAAGAGUCGGCCGUGUCUCCCGACUCAGAGUCUGACGCACCUGUUGAUGUCAAAGACACCGAUGAAGAUGAGACUCUGCCUGAAGUCGAUGAUGAAGACCAUGAACAUAAAGAUGAAGGCGACAAAGAUGAUGGAGAAGACGAAGAUGAUGAAGACGACGAAGAUGAUGAGUUCAUCGACAGCUCGGACCUCAGUGAAUCUGCACUUCUCUCGAGUGAUGAGGAGGCAGAGGAGGAUGGCGGCGACGACGAUGAUGAAGAUGACAAACUAGCAGAGGGUGUUGCAACAUCUGACAGCGAGGAAGACUACCUGCAGCUUGAUCUUCCUCCUGUCGCCGCAGUUAGUGAGGAUGAUGAAGAUGAUGAGAUUGAGGAUCAUAAACUCCCAGAACUCGAGAAUCUUCUUCUUCUGGCCGCUCUUGAAGAUGACGAUGAAGACCUGAAGGAAACUGAUGAGGACGAGGAUGAUGAUGAAGAUCUGGAGGACGUCUCAGUUGCCUCCUCUGAGCACUUUGCAGAUGAUGAAGAUGACGAUGAAGACAGUGACAUCAGAGACGAUGACCUUGACAUUGACUUUGACAAAGACGUCCCCGUUGAGCUCGACGAUGAAGAUGAUGAUGAUGAUCAUCACAAAACCGAUGAUGAUGAAGAGGAUGAUGAUAAAGACGAGGAGGAAGUUGAAUUUGCUCCCUUGGAGAGUACAGACAGUGGAGUCCUAGGUGAUGAUGAUGAUGAUGAUGCUCUGGAAACAGAUGAAGAGUCUGUCGGAGAGACUGUCUUCAGUGAUGACAUCACCUAUGACACAAGUGAUGAAGACGACGAUGAAGAUAUUGAUUCCAGCUCGUUUGAGUUCAGCCUCGAUCAAGAAGAAAUUAAAGAAACAUUCAUUUACACAGAAAAAGAUGAAGAUGAGGUCAUAUCAGAGUUUUUAGCUGGUGAGGAAGAGGACGAUGAUGAUGGUGAUGAUGAAGAGAAGGAAGAUGAUGAAGAUGACAACGUUCUGCUCACAGCCCCCACUGUAGCGGCGUCCUUUGUCCAGGAGGAGGCAGUAAAGACUGAAGUGGAUGAGGAAGAGGAGCAGCUCCGUCAGGCUGGUGAUGAAGAUGAGGCUGAGGAGGAGGACACAGAGGAAACUGCCUCGGUCACCAGUCAGCCUGCUGCUCCCGUCGAGGAAGACGAGGGAGGAGACGAAGAGCCGCCGGCCAAAACGCAGAGAUCUGUGGAUGAUUCUGAAGAUGAGAAAGAGGAGUACGAUGAAGAUGACGAUGAGGAGCGGGCGGAGGUGGAGGUGAUCAGACCUCUGCCUGAACCGGAGGAGGAAGCGACGAAGAGUGAAGCCCCAGAUUGUCCGUGUUUACAUUCUGCUAAAACCAAAGAGUCCAGCACCAAGACGGCAGAGAACAAAGAGGCUCCAAGGAGGGUUUCAGCCACGAGGAGGAAAAAGGUUUCAGACCGUGAAGCUGUGAAAACAGACGGCAAACCGAAAAGAAAAGCUCUUCCCAGAAUAGUGAGUCCGCCUCCGAGGAUCAGGAAGAUCAGGAGGAUCCCGGCUCUUCUCAGAGCCAAGAAAGUAGAGAAGACCAAACCUUCCAAACCAGAGACAGCGACCAAAAGACAAGAGGACGUCCCCGAGUCUGGACAAGAAGUCGGCCCCUGCAGACCUGCACCCGUCUACUGCCCGUCCCCCCCCGGCUGGUACGUUCACCACAUCGUCACAGACAACCCGUAUCCCCCCCCCACCAUGCCAGCUCCGUCUGCUCCGGUCCUCACCGUCCAUCCCGGAGCGCCGCCCAUGCAGCCGCUCUACCAUCAACCACCCCCCCCACUGAUGCAGUAUCAACCCUAUCCGCCGCCGGUGAUGCAGCCGGUGAUGCAGCCAGUGAUGCAGCCGGUGAUGCAGCCGCCGCCCGAAGCAGCUCAGCCGGCUGAAGCUGCAGCGCCAGAGGCCCCAGAGCAGGAGGCCCCGGUUCAGCCGGAGGUCAAGGCUCCAGCUGCCGAAGCUCCGCCGGCGGCACCUCGGCUCCACGUUUUUCCUAAAGAGCCAGUGACUGUGGAGGAAGAGGUGAAGGCUGCAUCCCCCAUGAAGGCUGCUAAGAAGAAAUCCACUCAGGAGGCUGAUUCAGAAAAAGAGCCGCCAGCAGCCAAACCGAAAACAAAGAAAGAAGCUGUUGAUUCUAAAGACAAAACCAAAGCAGCCCCAGCAAAGAAAGACUCAGCAGCAAAAGAAGAGAAAACCAAAAGUCCGGCAGCAGCUAAAAAAGAGAAAACUGUGAAAGAAAAACCUGAAACCGCUGCAGCUGCAAAGAAAGAGCCUGCAGCUGUUCGUCAGAAGAGGAAAUCAUCCUCUGAAAAGACGGCGUCUCCUGUCAAGAGCAAAGCCAAGACAGCUCCUGUGAAGAAAGAUCCGGAGCCGAUCAGACUGAGACCGAGACUCGACUCCAUCAAGAGGGCGAACGUGACGUCUCCGACCAAAGAGGAGAAACCGUCCAGACCUUCGUCCUCUGAACCAGCCAAGGUGAAGUCAGAAACCUCGGCAGAGAGGAAAGGCAAAGCUGAAAAGGCUGAGAAGAAAUCUGUCAAAGACGCUCAAGGUAUCAGAUCACGUCUGGAUUCACGUCUAGAAGAAGAGUCGCAGACUGAAGACGACGCCACAGAACAGAAGAAACCAGGCCAGCGAUACUUCCAGUGCAUUUACGUCCCUGGUAAAAAUGCUCAGUACCCAUUACGACCUUUCACCCCAGCGAUGUCCCCGGCCACGAUGUCCCCUGCACUCCGCUCCAUGUUGGAGCAGCAGCAGCGAGCAGCCAGGGCGGCGGGGCAGUGACCUCACGUCCGAUGACUCCACCUCCAGCAGGAGACAUGUUUGAAUCUGUGGACGGAAAAAGAAGGGGACAGAAAUAUUUUGUCUUUGAUUCAUUUGUGUAUUUAUUGUUUCUCGUUGUGGUCGAGCUCCUGGGUUUCUUAAUGAGAGGAUUUCUCCCUCAGCUGAUGCUUCGCUGUGUUUAGAUUUACUCGUUGUCACUUUCAUGCCUGUCAGUAUCACUAAUAUCCAGUAUUUCUGUGAAUAUUCAUAAAUCAAUAUAAUGUACAUAACAUGUAUAUUUAUAAUUAAGGCUGAGUUGAAAGGUGACACGGUUGCAUCACAUUUUUUAUUUUUAUUUUCUGUCCUCUCCUGUGUAAGCUCCGGAUUUUUAUUUAGUAUUGUUCAGGACAGUCGCACAUUAUUAUCAAAGAAGUUACUUUGUUUUAGGUUUAUUUUAUUUUUAGAUGCACAUUACUUGGAUUAGGAAAAAUUGGAUUAAUUCAUUGGACAAAGAGCACUACUUUUGGAGAAUAUUUUUAAUUAUUUAAUUAAAAUGUCAUGUCAUGUCAUUAAAAUUCAUCUAAUGGAGCAUGUUUCAUUUUUAACUGUACAAUUCAAUGUAGAAACAAAUUUGAUUAAUAAACAAUAUUAACAGUUAUAAACUUCACACACAUUAAAAACUGAAAAAUAGAUUCAGUGCAGUUACAAAUUUAAACAAGUUCAUGCAAGAUGACCAAAUAAACCAAUAACACAAACAAAAGUAAGAAGUUAAAUCCAUUUCAUUACAAUGCAUAUAUCUAAUAGAUGACCCUGAGGUGGUUGAUGGACAGAGGGAGGUUGUUCUGCAGCUCAGGAGCCAGAACAGUUUUAUUUUUAUUUUUUGCUGCUUUAGCUGCAUCUGCCACAGAUUAGCAUCAGUCAAGGUUGGAGGUUCAAAUCCCAGGAGCUCCCACAGUUGAUCCGAGCAGCGUCCCCGUCUCUGAGCGCCAACGUCUCAUCAACGCUGCUCCAUCAUGAGACGUGUGUUUAGAUCUAAUACGAGACAGGAACCAGGAAGAGAAGAUCACAUUUAAUGUAAAAUAAAGAAAGUUACAUUUCUGAGUUUAAAGAGAAACUUGACUCCAGUUAAAUAUGGUUUAUUAUCACAGAUACAGACUUAAUGUACUUAAAAGACCGAGAAGAAAUGUGGAGAAUAGGAUAAGAAAGAUUAACAUGAAUCCAAGAUUCCCUGACAAGGCUUUCUGUCAGUGAUGAGGAUGUAAAUAUUAUAGAGAUAUCACCAUGAAAAGCAAGAUUUUAUAGUUUAUAUUUAGUUCAGGUUUUAUUUAAAAAAUUAUGCUGCUAAAUUAAUUGUUAUAAAAACUUUCAUGAGACACAUUUUUCUUAUUCGAACACUCGUCAUGUUAGAACUCUUAUAGUGUGUGAGACACACUUGUGUUUGUUAGCACGUGGUGCGUUCAGGGACAGGGACUCUGUGCAGGACAACUUUGAUGUGACCAACUCAUGAGACGCUGUGAUGUCUGCUACAGAGGAGGAAUGUCGUCCGUGUCGUGUUGGAGCAUCAGUGUGUUGAUCCUGACGCUUCAUAUAUUGUGUUACCUCACUCGUUCGCAGCUCUGGUUUUGUGCCUGACAGCAACUUGUUGUCGCUACGAACCUGAACUUUAUCAGGAAUUUGAUAUUGUUGUCUUACUGAAUGAAAACCUGAGAUAGACACUGCACUUAAACCCGGGAUAAGACCACAGACUGUGAACCAAGAUGGACGAGUGCUCGACCAAUCGUGAGUCAGUCACAGCUGUCAAUCAGGAUCAAGUAACUGAUCAAAACCAAACUUAUCAGAACAUUUGAAUCAGUGUGAAAAAAACUGCCUGAAAUGACAGAACAUUUUAUUUGAUGUGUAAUCUGACUUCCAAAUUUGGUCCAUGUCCAAUCUGCUAACAGGGAGGAGGCAGAGUUAAUGUCCUAUACUGCAGCCAGCCACAAGGGGGAGCUGUUUGGUCGUCCAUCUUUAUUUACAGUCUAUGGACACAUUUUAUCUCAAGUUAUUUGAGGUGGUGUCAUUUCAGUUACCUGAUAACAAUGAUUAUAUAAAAACUAAACUUUAGUUUAGGUUUUAAUAACUUAUCUAAACUUGCAACGUUAUCCUCAAACGAUCAAAGAGAGUCUUAAGGUGCGUUCGCAAAGUGAAACGUCUGAAGUGACGGAGACGAGAGGAAGAACAAGAGAAUCAGUUCAGAGUCACUGGUGUGAAUCUGGAUCUGAACUCAUUGUUCAUAAUGGAAUCUCAGCUAGCCGUUAGCCGUUAGCCGCUAGCCGCUAGCGUCCCUGACUACGUCGACCACACUCUCUGGUUCUUUCCGAGUGUGGAUGUUGAACGUACGUUCUGAGUUUACAAGUUAACGAGCAGGAAAUGAGGUCAGGACCUGGACUCUGCGUCGCCCUGCAGGUCAGAGGUCAGUCGACCUGAGGAACGUUUCCCGGCCAAAUGAGAUCUGACGACCUGCUGCGUGCGUGUGGUCGCUGGAAUGUUCAACUCCCAUGAUUCCAGCUGAUCUUUGUUGUCUGAGAGUAACACGUGGUAAUUUGACCAUAGAGCUGCAGAGUCUUGAUUGAGGAAAUGAAGCAGGAGUCUUCAUGAAUACUGAUGGAGGAGGAGCUGUGUUUGACCUGGACGACUUCCCCGAUCACAGGAUGUAAACUAGGAGGCGGAGUUUCUCUCCCUCGGGUCGUUCGGGCGACAGUUUGCACCGAACAGAGAAUUAACUUGAAGGUUUUCUAUUCUGGUGUUUCAUCUUUGGUCAGUAGUUUCUCUGACGGUGACACAAACACCACGUCGCAUCUUUAAGCUGUUGAUCAGUUGACCACUGGUGGCGCUAGAGAGUAAUUCUUCAGGAAACAGAACCGGAGAUAUUUACAACAUGUCCUGACAUACGACCAGUAGGUGGUGUGAUGGGGGAUGAGGCGGAACGCCGUCCCCUUUCAACCACAGACAGAUCUAUUUAAAAAUACACAAAAUGAAGUUGUGUGACUUGUUAUGAUUGCUGCCAAGUUUCCACGUAGCUUUGUGUCCGUGUGCGAGUCAACCCGAUGAUCGUGAUCUCGGAUGUGUGCUGAUGGACUUAGACCCACAGUUAGCUCCUUGUGCCUCUCAGUGUUAGCAAAAAAAGGAAUUAGCUCAGAAGCCGUUUUAUUCAUUUAAUUGUUUAAUUGAAUAUAAGCUAGUUCAACGAGUUCAACAUAUCAAUUUAAUCAUGUAAUGUUGACUAGAAAAUUAAAUCAAAUUUAAAUAAAUAUGUGAGAAUUCAUCAUUACAUUUAUAUACGUUGAUUUGUUUGUAAUAAUCUAUUCAACAUAAUGUACUUUAACCAGAAAUCAUAAAAUCUGAAAGUUUCUGUCCCAGGUGGAUUUAACAAAGUUAGCCUUUAAAAGAAAAAUUAAUGCAUUUCCUUGUGCUGAACACUAGGGGGCGAAGUCCAAACGGAACUACGGACACAAUGUAAAACUGUGCAAAUGAGGCGCAAGGUACUUUUCUCCUCAUGUGUUUGAGAGACGACUGUAAUCUGAAAAAGUUAAAGAUGGACGAUGAGUCUCCACGUCUUCCACUUGUACAAAAAGACGCAAAAAUAUCCUGAAUUCAGACGCAUUCGGGGCGAGAGCCUUUUUGACUCUGUGUUCGCCUCAUGUUUCCGACUCAGUCAGGAAACAUGUCGUACAGUCACAGUUUGCAGAGGAGGGAAGUUGAAGCGACUGAGGACGACGAUGUGAUUUCAUCCACUUUACCCGUUUAUAGUUUGAGGUUGUUAAUUUUGUUCAUUAUUUCUACGCCUGGAAACACAGACAGUUGUAAAAUACACAAAAAGCAGCUGUCGGUCAGAUUGUGUAAAACUGUGUAGAUGAUAGUUUAUUUCAUCUCAGAGUUAAACACAAAUUCAUAAACUGGUUUGACCGAAGGAGUAAAGAAAAUCACUUUUAAAGACAUUUUGUGUGUGUGUGUGUGUGUGUGUGUGUGUGUGUGUGUUUGUGUGUGUGUGUGUUUGUGUUUCUGUUUUGGUGCAGCAGAGUAAAUCAUUUCCAGUGUGUUUCAUGAGGAGACAGUUGGAACUACGUGUUGCAUGUAUCAUAACGCAGAGAUGAACCAUGUUGUCGUGAUGAGAGCAGCCAGAUGUUUCAGGCUCAGCAAAAUGUAGAAUCACCACAUUGCUAAUUUUUUGUUUCAGAAUUUAAUAAAUAUUUGUUAUUGACUU